AUGACAGAAUACGUACGGCGUUGAGGUAGCCUGUCAGUAUGCGCGCGACAGAGGGGUGGACAGUUUUUACACCACUGCCGGUCCGCAACAAGCAACAUUGUACUUUAGUCGUUGGAAAUUGAACUGUGUAGGGAAUUGUGGAGUUCACCCAACUUUGGGAAAAUACCUAGCGCGUAACUCUUAAGAGGUAGAGGUAAUUUUGUAACCUCACACCACAGUAGUAGCCAACGUUAGCUGUGUAACAAGUUAUUCUACUUUAGCGCUGGCUGUCUAGCUAGCUAGCUACUUAGGAUACCAUGUUAGGGUAAUGUUAGCAGUGGAAAAUAAAAUGUUGCCAUGUCAAAGGAAUCGCCGGCGGAAAGACUGGAUGAGGAAAGAGAACAGCACUAACAUCUAACACGGGUGAGUGACGAGAGCUGGCUAGUAUGCUGGACGUGGGAAAGUGGCCAGUGUUUGCACUCUUGCCCCCCGAAGAACUACGGCUCAUUCGCCAGGCGUGUGUCUUUGGAAGUGCGGCUAACGAGGCCCUUUACGUCACUGUCAAUGAUGAGGUGUUUGCCCUCGGCACCAACUGCAGUGGCUGUCUGGGACUUGGGGACGUGCAAAGCACCAUUGAGGCCCGGAGGAUAGACGUCCUCUGUGGGAAGAAAAUUGUGUCUCUCAGCUAUGGCACGGGACCUCAUGUGGUCAUUGCUACAGCAGAUGGAGAGGUUUACGCCUGGGGUCACAAUGGUUACAGCCAGUUGGGCAACGGCACAACCAACCACGGCUUGACUCCGGCACUCGUCUCCACCAACCUGCUCAACAAGAGGGUGACAGAGGUGGCCUGUGGGUCCCACCACACCAUUGCGCUCACCACAGAUGGAGAGGUGUAUGCCUGGGGCUACAACAACUCCGGACAAGUGGGCUCCGGGUCCACGGCCAACCAGCCUACGCCGAGACGGGUCAGCAGCUGCCUGCAGAACAAGGUGGUGGUAAACAUCGCCUGUGGACAGCUCUGCUCCAUGGCUGUGCUGGAUAACGGGGAGGUCUAUGGAUGGGGCUACAACUGCAACGGGCAGCUGGGCUUGGGCAACAAUGGAAACCAGCAGACACCCUGUAGAAUCGCCGCGCUUCAAGGCAUAACCAUCGUACAGGUGGCCUGCGGAUACGCACAUACCUUGGCAGUCACAGACGAAGGCUUAAUUUACGCCUGGGGUGCAAACUCCUAUGGGCAACUCGGCACAGGGAACAAGAGCAAUCAGGCAGUUCCCACACUUAUCAACAUGGAGAAGGAGAGGAUGGUGGAAGUGGCCGCCUGCCACACCAGUCACACGUCCGCUGCCAAGACCCAAAGCGGCCAGGUGUACAUGUGGGGCCAGUGCCGCGUCCAGGCUGUGGCCGGCCCACACCUCACCCACUUCUCUGCCACCGAUGACGUGUUUGCCUGCUUCGCCACGCCUGCCGUCACGUGGCGCCUCCUCGCCGUGGAUGGGGAUGACUACUUGACGGUCGCCCAGUCACUCAAGAGGGAGUUCGACAGCCCGGAGAUCUCUGACCUCAAGUUCCUGGUGGAUGGGAAGUACAUCCACGUCCACAAGGCCCUUCUGAAGAUCAGGUGUGAGCAUUUCCGUGACCUGCUGAACGAGACAGACGAGGACUCCAUCGAGAUCCACCAGUUCUCCUACCUUGUGUAUCGCGCCUUUCUGGAGUACCUGUACACAGACACCAUCAACCUGCCACCAGAAGAUGCCAUAGGACUGCUGGACCUGGCCACCUAUUACAGAGAGACUCGGCUGAAACGACUCUGCCAGGAGACGAUCAAGAGGGGCAUCUCAGAGGAUAAUGCCAUCACGCUGCUGUCGGCCGCUGUCAAGUAUGAGGCCCGGGACCUGGAGGAGUUCUGCUUCAAGUUCUGCGUCAAUCACCUGACGGCUGUCACUCAAACCCAGGCCUUCAACGACAUGGACCACGACCUGCUCAAGAACUUCAUCAGCAAAGCCAGCCGCUACGGGGCCUUCAAAAACUAAAAACUCCUGGCCAAGAGGCCAUGGAGAAAGGGAUGGACAGGGUGAGAAAGAGAGUGAAAAAAGAUGGCUGAGACUGCUGAAGUGGCCGUGGCCGUGGACUGUGCACUUUCUCCUGCUGGCAUACAGAGCCAGGGCAGUAGGAGAAGGCCAACGCCAAACAGAGACGGUCCAAUCAGAGCUGAGAUUAAGGUCAGCCUCACUGGAAAGGGUUCACCACACACCUACACACACUUUGUUCACUUUGUUUGUUGUUUUUUUUUUUUGUGGAGUUUAUUCAAAGUGAGUGUAGCUGUUAUAAGUUCAUACAGCUUGUCAAAGGGAGUUCUCAAAAGGAAUGCCCCCUCACCCCCCCACGCACACACACACACACACACACACACACACAGACAUCGAUUGAUAAAAUCUCCCCCGAUUGAUAAAAUGGACGCAGUGGUCAAAUGAUUAGACGGGGCUCCCGUGACCCAAAAGAAGGGAUCACAACGUUGCCACUCUUAUUGCUGCCCUGUGGAUUCUUUUCAUCCAAAGGAAACAGACUUCAUUUUGCUGGUAGUCGGUUUGAAAACGGCAGAGCUCUCCCAUGUAAUCCAUGAGGCUAGUGAGGGAUGUGGUGUGUUCAGUUCACCUCCUCAUAGGCUGUCGCCUGCGGUGUAGUCUGUUACGAAGUCACUUCCACAUCAGUGCUUUCUGUCACUCUCUCAUGUCAAAGGAAAACAAACCUUGCAACUGAGAGGUAAACAAUACCACAAACAACAGCAGACUGAGUGAAUUGGUGAGGUCUUCAAAUGCUCAAACAUGUUUGGAUUCUCCCCCAAGUGUCAUUUCUGAAGGACAGCUUUGUAUUCAUAUAUAUUUUUGAUUUAUUGUAUCAAUUUACUGGAAAAAUCUAUUUGUUGAAAAUCCGACAAAUGUAAGAAAUAUGCACUUGUCUGUUACCUGUGGCAAAAUGUCUAUAUUUGUGCUUUUUGUUGAACUUCUGUUUUGCAAUAACAUCAAAAACGUCCAACUACUGCUUCAUGUCCAGUAUAUGACUUGCAAAGCGAUGUCACACAUGUUGUAGUAUUAAUGUGUUACAUUGUGCUUUAUUGAAAUAUGUUUUGAAUGUACUUCUGUCCGUGUGUUUAGCAAGGAUUUAGCGAUGGUGGUGUUGACAGAGUGGGGGCGAGGACCUUAAAUGACCUAACUCUGUCAAACAUUAACUUUCUGUGCGCAGCUGAUAGCACUUUCCUGACUCCUGUCGACCAUAUAAUAGACAUUAUAGCAGGAUGUCCACGCUGUUGAGCUUUCUGACCAACAUGCCAAUGUCUCAGCAUUUUCCCAUUCUCCAUUAUCUCCAAAUCACAGCCAGCCAUUGUAUGUUUACUUUAGCUGUUACAUGCAUGAGCAGUUGAUUUAUUUUUCUAACUAGGAAAUGACAAUGGGGUAGACUCCUUUGCUUGCUUAUUGUUUACAUAUGUAUGCUUUUUGGGGGGAGAGAAGGGGUGGAGGCUCUUUUAGAUGCAUCGGCGCUCUUUUGGCGCAGCGAUCCCCCUAACAGACCAAUGGGUAGUCAGUAGACAGCUGUGACGGUUUGAUUUGCCCAAUGGCCAGUCCAGUGCAGUCCUGCCUAUGCUCCAAAACUGCUGUGCUGGGAACCUCUUUAUUGUUUUUUUUUUCAACUGGAAAUUUACAAUGGCCCAAUGGUGUUGGCACACCACUGAAAUAAGUGAACUUGUGAAAGAAGAGGUCUAACUACUUGGUGAUGUGCAACGAGGGGGUAUUACAAAGUAUGUGGUUUAGUGACAAAACUGGGUAAGUUAACUCAGAGUAAGUGGUAAACUUCCUCAAAGGAGAGCCCAGUGGCUUUGUUUUGGAGAAGGGGUGAAUGAAGCCAUAGGGCUCUCUCUGAGUUAACCUACUUAGGUUUGUCAGUCACCAAAACACAUACUAGGAAUACCCAGUUUACCGCAUUUUCAGUGUGUAAAUAAACAUCCGUGAGAACACAGCCUCAAGGUGGCCCUGUUUAUGUGUGAAGGAGGAAGUAGUAAAAGCACUUGUGUGAGCUGUGAUGAAGGCUGGCGUUUGAGAAUAUUUAUAAAGCCACCUGAGCAGUACUUGCAUCCAUCGCUGUGAAGCCAUACAGCAAUAAUAGACCAUGGAGUCUACAUGGUAGUGCCUACAUUCAUUUAUUUUAUUCUGAAUAGCCUUUUUUCCCCCAUUUAAAAAUGUACUUUUGACUUGCACACAGAUUCAGACCGCAUGUCCAAUUUGCAAUACGUCCUAUGGCCUGAGGAGGGCAGUGUUACACUGCUAAGAGGCAGUUAGGUUAAAGUAGGAGAGUGGCCUACUAAAUUCUUACUAAAUCCUCCACCCCACUAUAUAUCCUCACCUUGGACUGUGCUGUGACGUGCUCAUCUCCAUAAUUCUUGGGCUGUAGCACCCAGCUUGUUAUGAGCCUAGUGACUAUGUAUGUUGGUGUGUGUUAACAGGAGUGUUGAGAGAUUAGAUAGGAAGGCCUGAGUGGCUUAACAGUAUGUUGUUUUACACAUUUCCCAAUACAUGUCUUUAAAAAUUCUUUAAAAUAAAUGUGGUUACUGUAAGUUUUUUUAAAAAA